GCGGCCGGAGCAGUCGCCGAGCUCAGCCGCCGCCCAGCCCGGGUCGUUGAUGGUGCCAUUGGCGGUGUCGCUGCCAUGCGAACCUGGGUGCUGUUGCUGCUGCUGGGCGCUCUCCGGACCGGAGAGGCCGCGGCCCGGAACCGCAAUGUGCUGCUGAUUCUGGCAGACGACGGUGGCUUUGAGAGCGGCGCCUACAACAACUCGGCCAUCCGGACACCCAACCUGGACGCGCUGGCCCGCCGCAGCCUGCUCUUCCAGAACGCCUUCACCUCCGUCAGCAGCUGCUCCCCAAGCCGGGCCAGCAUCCUCACCGGCUUACCCCAGCACCAGAAUGGGAUGUACGGUCUGCACCAGGACGUGCAUCACUUCAACUCCUUCGACAGCGUGCGGAGCCUGCCCCGGCUGCUCAGCCGAGCGCACAUCCGGACAGGGAUAAUUGGGAAGAAGCACGUUGGGCCUGAGGCUGUCUACCCCUUCGACUUUGCCUACACAGAGGAGAACAGUUCGGUCAUGCAGGUUGGGAGAAACAUCACCCGGAUCAAAGAGCUCGUCAGGCAGUUCCUGCAGAGCCAGGAUGAAAGGCCUUUCUUCCUCUAUGUCGCUUUCCACGACCCCCACCGCUGCGGACACUCCCAGCCCCAAUAUGGGACUUUUUGUGAGAAAUUUGGCAAUGGAGAGAGUGGCAUGGGCUGGAUCCCUGACUGGAAGCCACAGCUCUACCACCCAGAGGAAGUGCAGGUCCCCCCCUUUGUUCCAGACACACCAGCUGCCCGGGCAGACCUGGCAGCCCAGUACACAACCAUCGGGCGCAUGGACCAAGGGAUCGGGCUGGUCCUGGAGGAGCUGCAUCAGGCUGGCUUCCACAACAGCACCCUGGUGAUCUACACCUCUGACAAUGGCAUCCCCUUCCCCAGCGGCAGGACCAACCUCUACCGCUCGGGCACCGCUGAGCCACUGCUGAUCUCCUCCCCCGAGCACACUGCACGCUGGGGACAGGCCACCCAGGCCUUCACCACCCUGCUGGAUCUGACACCAACCAUUUUGGACUGGUUCUCCAUCCCCUACCCUCAUUACAGCAUCUUUGGCAAAAAGCAGGUUCAGCUCACUGGGAAGUCUCUCCUGCCAGCACUGGAGUCAGAGCAGCCCUGGGCCACUGCCUUCAGCAGCCAGAGCCACCACGAGGUGACCAUGUACUACCCCAUGCGAGCCAUCCAGCACCAGCAGUUCCGCCUCAUUCACAACCUCAACUACAAGAUGCCCUUUCCCAUCGACCAGGACUUCUACAUCUCACCCACGUUCCAAGACCUGCUCAACCGCACCAGGGCCGGGCAGCCAACCCACUGGAACAAGACCCUGCACCAGUACUACUACAGGGACCGCUGGGAGCUCUUUGACUGCAGCCAUGACCCCACUGAGAGCCAGAACCUGGCCCACGACCCCCGCUACGCCACCGUUUUCCAGCUGCUUCGCUCGCAGCUCUUGAAGUGGCAGUGGGACACGGGUGACCCCUGGGUCUGUGCCCCCGAUGCUGUCCUGGAGGAGAAACUGAGCCCCCAGUGCCAGCCACUGUACAAUGAGUUGUGAGCCCCAGCUCUGCCUGGUGUCCCCCACUGCCAUGGGACGUGCCCCUGAGGCUCCGACAUUGGAGUAGGAUGCCAGCUGGGCCAGUCCCGUAUCCCUGGGUGACACUGGGAACCCAGGACAGAGGGGACAAGAGGCUCCACAGCACAACAGGGGCUGGGGAAGGGGGUGGGGGAAAUGGAGUGAAUCCUGAAGGGGUGCAGGUGGUCCUGGGGAGGAAAGGCUGAGGCAGGGCCCAGCAGCAUGUUUCAGGGCAGGGAGCUGCAGAGAGCGGCACAGACACAACCUGCUCCCAGCAAGCACAGACUGUAUUCACAGCACUGCUCCCCUCUCCCCCAAAACCACAGCCA